AUGAAUGCAGCAGCUGGAAUUAAUAAUAAAGCUCAUUCUGGAACAAAAAAUUCAGCACCUCCACAUUCUUCACAACAGCAACUUCUAUUCUUUGAUUCACUUAUUGCCAGCUCUUCUCACAACAACGACGACCUGCCGACCGAAUGUAUAAGAUUCCAUCAGCGGGUCGUGUUGUCGGAAAUUUGUAUAGUUCCCAAGAAUUUUAGACCGUUUUUGGGAAAUCGUAAGAAUGAUUAUGCUGGACAGACCACCCCCUCCAAAUUUGAUUUACAACUUCUCAUCCACAAAAUGGCGACUUCGGAUGUAGCCAAAUCUCCCACCAAAAAAACUCUUCCAUCAUACCCUCUACACCCAUUUACAAUCUCCUAUGACGAAAGACGAGGAUACCAAAGUUUUGAUGUAGCACUAUCACCAGAGGCGACAACUCGGUUUAUUAUUCUACGUGGAAACUACCAGGCUGUGACACUUUGUAUAUACGGUCGAGUGGUGGAAAGCAAUAAAGUGCUUGGUAAUAAUCCACAAGCGAAGGCAAAUCCUAAAGAACAAAACAGUGGGGAUAGUGUUUUGGCUGAAUCAUCUUUCUCUUCUGCUAUUCACAAGGCAGCAUUUAAUACCGCUGAAAGGAAAGAUGAAAAUGAGAGAGGAAAUACAAGUAUAAAUAAUGUUUCUAAUGGAAUGAUGGCCUAUCUGGAAUCAAAUAAAAACAUAUCAAUAGAUGAUAAUAAAAUUGUACAUUCCGAAUCAUCAUCCUUAAAAAAUCCUGUUUCUAAUUCAAUUAUCGAAGGGGGAUUGCAACAAGAGGCUAUAGCUUCAUCAUUAAUUCUUAAUCCGAGCCCCGAAUCUCUUCAAGACACAUCGGCAUCAAUAGCAAUAGAUGGUGUUCAAAAAGAACGGACUAUACCAUCAUCUUUCAUAGUGGAAAACAAUUCCAUUACAAAAUCUGCUGUCUACUAUGAAAAUGAAGAGCAUUCUCUCACUAAUACUAUAUCAAUGGAGGAGGACAGUGUGUAUAAUAUAGACGAUGGCAUGAAAGAUAUUUCUGACGAAGAGCGUGUUGGAAUGCUUUUUAGAAAAGAUCGAACUGGACCCUUCAAAGUGUUAAGUCCUUUAAUUUUGCCAAAAUGGAUGAUAGCUUAUGAUCCAGAUGAAACUUUCAUGAAUGGCUUACUUUUGCGUCAUUUUUCACCCGACGAAACUAUUAUUUCGCUAGCAAGAAAUUCAUUUUCGGAAACUCAUUUUCGUAAAUCUUGGGAUCAGUUACGCCGUAUUGUCCGUGAAAUUGAUGAUCUAUUGUCCAAACCGUUCGACUCGAAUGUUCUCGAGUACCUUGAUGUGGAAUCGCAAUCUAAAAACACUACUUCUUCCCUAACAGAAUUACUCUGCCAGACGAAUGAUGCGAUAGUAGAAGCGAUUGUUUGGGCACAACAUCAUAAUAGUAAAUAUGAAGAUAAAUUAUCUUCGAUAAUGAAAAGUAUAGUUUAUGCACUUGAUUUAACUUCUGGAAAGUCUUCCGUAAAUCUGUUUGUAAAUGGCAUUUCUUUAUUGAGCAAGCUUUAUUCGUGCGGCGACAAUAUUAUUGAUAGCAAAUGGAUUCCAAUAUGUUUGGAAAAAAUGCUUGCUUUGUUAAGCACACCUUAUACUUCGACAUUUUUACAAACAAAAAUUCUUGAAGGUUUAAUUAAUUGUAUGGAUGAUUCUAGAGUUGUUGAAAGACUGCUGGGCUGGGAUGAUGAAACCUCUGAGAAAAUGACCCCCUAUCAAACUUUUAUUUUACCAUUGUUGCAGUCAGAUAAAUCGGCUUCACGUGUAUUAUACUUGUUACAAGUGAUUAUUCGUAAAGUUUCAUUAUACGAGGCAUGUUUUCAGAUACAACGAACCGCAAACGAAGCACUUGAGCACGAAUUAUCCCGAAGAAAGGGAAAACCAUCUAAACUAGGAAAUUUUGUUCCGCAAGAAGAUCCAAUAAAGCAUCAAAACAUUGAGAACACAACCGUUGAAGAUGAUAACCAAAUGGAUAUUGACAAUGCACCUCAAGAUCAUGGUAACAAUAUUGAGCAAAUUAUUGAAAAAAUUAUUAAAUGGUUAAAGAUUAUAUCGAAAGCAGCGCUAUAUCAUAUGGCAUUGAAUCCUAAUGAAUCGAACGAUGAUCAUCAACCUUCUUCUUUCAGUUUUCGUUAUCUCACAUCUACUCGCUUAUUUCCCGCAAUCACCGUUUUUUUUUCAUCGUAUAAAUUUCGCUCUUCCAAUAGAUUCAAUGAUCUAGUUAAUUCUGUUGCAAGGUUAUGUGUGACCUUGUUGGUUGCACCGUCCGGAAUGCUUUAUUUAGCUAAACAGCUGCAACCAAAACCUGGGUCCUCUGUUGAGCCAUUAUUGGCCUUAUGGACUAGUCUUUUAUGCCAUGAAGGUGUCGCAAGCAUAAACAAUCAAAUGGAUGAUUCUGAAACAUCACGGACUAUUCCUCAUGUUGUACUUCAACGAUGGGCAGAUGCGACUGAAAUACGACAAACGAUCGGUAUUGCCGAUAUUUUGUGUGGAUUCGGUAAAAGUUCGAGUGGUGGGAAUUACGAAGAAGAUUAUGAUUAUAUUUGUGAUUAUUCUGAGGAUGACCCUCAAUCUCGUUAUUGGGAGGACUCCGAUAUGCUAAAAGCAAGACGCAUAUUAAAAAUGCAGAGUUAUGGCACUAUCGGCGCAAAGAUUGAUCAUCUUGAUCAUUUUAUUAUUUCAUCCGAUCAAUUAAUUAUUUUACUGGCAUAUCAAUUAUAUGCUAUUGCUGCAGUUGAAAAAUUAUUAGAAUUUGGCUCUCAAAGAUUAGAUGAAGAUCUCUGGGUAGAUAACGGAAAGAUAGCUUCCUUGUUAAAUGAUUUAUUCGAAAUGACUGCCUUUUCAGUUGGAAAGCAGGCUGUGGCAUCAACUAUAAUCUAUCUUGAUGCGUUGCCAAUUUUAUUAUCAUUUUUAAAUAACAACCAAUCUGACGAUAACAAUAUUCUUAAUUCUGUUUACAAUCUAACCUCAAAUUUAAUUGGACGGCUUCCGCUUGAACUAUUGGAAGUUAUUUUAAAAUUUUCUCGUGCAUUUCCAUAUAUGCUUAACCCGGAAGUUAAUGAGUUAGUCUCGGCUUAUGUGAUUUCCGAAACGCAUUUACGCGCAUUAUGGGAGCCGAUUGCUAUUUUCCACGAGACCGGAACUAUUCAGAGUGUUAUUGAUUUGAUUAAACAACAAAAAUAUUAUCCAGAAUGUUUGCGGGAACACACCAUUGUCAAUCAAGUAUUGAUAGCCAUGCGAUUAUUAUUAACAUAUACAUAUACGGAUAGAGGAAUAAUGCAAAUACUCAAGGCUCGAAUGGAUGAUUUUAGCGGAUUAGAUAAUGGCGAUAGUCUUUUAAUUUUCUUGUUGAGACUUUUAAACUAUAGCGCUGAGGUGUUAUCUGAUUUAAGUGAUUUCGCUGUGUAUACUGAACAGCCAUCGACCACCGAUCCUUCUGUAUCAGAAGGUUAUCCUGGUGAUGCAAUUCAAGAUCCCGCAAAAUCGAUUAGUUCUGAACAAUCAAAAGAAGAAAAUGACUCAUCCCAAGGUCCAAAUUUUGUUUCUUCAAAUAUUAUGCUCUCUUCGGAGGUUUUUGAACUCCGUCGAGAACUCCUCGAACUGGUUUGGUGUGAUCUCAUUCUUAUCCAACAACUGCUACUCUCUAUUUAUGGUGAUCCACAGAGUAGUGCUGCGAGACGCCAUUUUAACGAUAUUUACGGUAAAAAGGAGUCACCUGAUGAUCCGCUGCCAUCUCAGGAAAAAUCAAUGAUCCGAGCAUUUGUUGAGCCAUUAUUGAUGCUGAUGUCAGCUUUAGAUCAUAUUGAUGGUCGUCUGAGCGAUCAGCUUGGUGCUGCCUCAUUGUUAUUUACAGAACAACAAAUUAAAAGUGGUCAAUCAGCUCAGAUUGCCAGAAUUCGUGGCUUAAUUUUUAGUGUUUUUGGUCUUUUAACUCAGGUGAAAAUCGAGGAAACUGAUACUAAACAGCAGCAACAUGAUAGAGAAGCAAUGAGUUGUCAUUUUCGGUUUUUUUCAAUGUUUGCCGGGCGGCACGUACUCAAGCAGUUGUGCGAAUUCAUGUCUGAAGGUCCUGAUAAUAUCUUAAGUGGAUUGCACAUAGUGAGUGAGAUACUUCCCGUUCCAUUACCUUUACGCAAAAAUUUACACGAUUUGCAAAACGAUGAAUCCACGGAAGAUACUUAUCACAAUUUACACAGUGACGAAUGGAUAACAGUUCAAAACCAAGCCAGACUUUUGCGCAAAUAUUGGAUCGAACAAUUAGUUCCAUUGAGAGAUGAAUUGAUGCGAUUAAUCAAAAGUUUAGCUCCCUCCAGCUCAAAAAUUUUACAUAUUAUGCUCAGAACCGUUAUUUCUCAGGUUGUUGAUUUAGACAUUCUUGACAAUGGAUUGGCGCGAGGUAUUGUUGGCGUCAUUAUUAAUGGAGUACGUGAAGCUGCACAUCAAUAUAAAACAGCAAUUGAUAAGGUAGACACGAAAGUAGUCGAGAGUUCUGGCACUAAUGUAAAGAUUGGCAAUAGUACUAUCACAGAAGAUGCGAUAAACCUUUUGGAUAUUGAUACUGAACACACAAUAUUCGGUCGUUGGCUUAGUCUUCUGGCAUCAUUAUCUGGAUAUUCUUCCGGAAGAACCUUAGUGCUCGAGAUGCUAAGAGAAAGGAUAGAUGACCCUAUGAUUUUAGAUGAUGCGACUAAUGAGCAGUCUUUUAACGAUGACACCAGUUUAAUAUCUUCAUUGCUCGAUUUAGUUCGUACAAACCAACAAAUGGAUUAUACUUCUGAUCUUAUAAUGGAAAUAUUGUAUUCUAUAUGUGAUAAUACAAUUGCUAUAUCUAAAAAUGAUAUGCCUGAUAUUAAAGAACUUUCUACGAUAACUGAAACACUUUUGGAUUGGGUAAAACAAGGCAGAGAUGGUAGACUUCAAAUAGAAUCAUUAUUGGUUUUACAAAGAAUUACAGAAACCGAGCUAGGUAUCAUGUUGAUAUUAUCUGAAUCUAAUCAUCGGCAACUAAUUAGUAAUAUGUUGACGUGGGUUCCUGAUCUAUUGCGAUCACAAGAUUUAGGAAUGCAAGAUUUAAAUAUUGCUUAUCAUUCAAUCAUUUUUAUUCAAAAAAUAAUUGAAUGGAACGCAAACUCUGUCAAUUUCAAUGAUGAUAAUGAUGGUAUGGAAAUGGUAGGAAAAACUCACUGUGUUAAACCUCUUGCGGUGUUGAUUGAUUCCGCAGAAGAUCUCGAAACUCUAUUGAAAGCAUACGAAAACAUAGAGCAACAUGUCCUUGAGCUUCCAUUCGAACCGAGUCACGUCGAAGAAGAGGUAUAUGAUAUGGAGUUGUGUCAGUUACUUGCAAGUGUUAUAGGGCGACUAAAAGAAACAUUUCGAGCGUUUUUACGUGAGACGAACGAUGAUCACGGAAGAAAUGGAACUGAAACUAAAGAAAUUGUCAAAGAAUUUGGUCAAAGAUUGUCAGAACUUGUCAAACAAAGGCAAGAACAAAAUCCGAAGAAGAGAAAUGUUCAGAAUACUGUUGAAUCUAGGAGCCACGGAACAACUAUCAGCAAUCUACCUCAUAUUCCUUUCUACGACGUGGUGUUCGACGCGGAAGGCAAAGAAGGUGACGGCGGACUAUUUAAUAUACCGGACGCUGAGAUCGAUUUCGAAUUCUUUGCAAAGGAAAUGUUGCCCAAUUUUCAAUUCCAUAAAAAAAUGAAAAUGACAAGCGAUAGUGCAGCAAAGGGUAGAAAGCUUUUGAAAGCACGAACACUUAGUAAACUCGGUGGAGUUGCCUAUGAAAGCAAUGCGCGUAGGAAUUUAGGUGGUGGAAAAACCUACCAGAAAAACGAAUUUCGUAGUAUACAUAAUAAUCGGAAGGCUAAUACAAGUCGUCCUCCAUCAGUCCACGUGGACGAUUUUAUAUCCGGAAAGAUACCAGCAAAUCAACAGCAUCCUGAUAUGGUUGUAUCUACUAGCAAUGCCACCGCCUCAGCUUCGGCAGCAGUUUCUGCUUCUACCCUACAACAAAAGAAAACAACAAAUAUUUCCAAUCGCCAGCCAACCCCUAAUAAAAGAGGCAGUAUUACAGCCACGACUGCAGCUCCUCCUCCAACAGUUACUAGUGCCAGGGGUGGACGCGGAAGACGUCCAAGUACUAGUUCAGGAUCGACUCCUCGUGGUGCAGCACCGCGUGGAGCAACCAGUACUGGAAGAGGAACUGCAGUAGGCAGAGGUAACACUGCCAAUCCUGCCAUAGUGGGUGCAUGGGAUAUAGGAAAUGGUGCAUGGACAGGCGCUCCAUCAUUGUCGCCAAUAUUAAUGCCUCCGCCUAUGUCAAAAUAUAUGGAAUUUGACAGAAGAAUGGAAGGACAAAGGGAUUAUCCUCCACGCUAUGAAAGUCAACCAAUUCGAACUGGAUAUUAUGACAAUCCUUAUUAUGGUGUUCCUUCGACAAUAGUACCUUAUGAUCGGCCGCCAGUCCAACAAACUGCUCCUGGUAUGGGACCAAGGGUAAAAAAUGCAAGUGAUAAUCGUGGAAGGACUAUUCCUCAAGAAUGGCCACAGAGAUCUUUAGCUUCGCAAACUUUGCGGCGUCCUGAAAGACCAUUUGGUCGACGAUAA